AUGACUAUCUCUCUUGACCGGUUGCCGUUUGACGUCUUAUUCCACAUUGCGUCAGGCCUCGAUUUCGACGACAUCAUCCAUCUUAGCCACACAUGCCGUCAACUGAAAGUUCUACUCAACGAGAGAACGCUAUGUCGACGAGCUGUCGAGACUCAUCAUCCGCAUACAAAAGAGGCUCAACUUGCGCGAGAAGAAGCAAUCACAUACAAAAAAGCCUUGCAAUCUGUAUAUGACAGACGAAGUGCGAUUUCCAACGCGUACCCUUUUUCGGCUCGUGUCCUCGACUCGGGCAAUUCUUUUCUAUAUCGUCAAGGCGUGAUAUGUGUACUGGAUGGUAACACUGUCCGUGUGUCGGAUGUACAUUCGUCUCUCGAUACUGUUCAUCUUGAUCUUACCUCUCUUACUCGUUCUAAGCAUAACGUAGCAUCACCGUUGUUAAGUGACGCAAAAGUCAGUCUACUCUAUUACAGCGACGACAUACUUGCGGUACAUGUUACGAACGGUAGUCGACCGAGCAACAGUCAUAUUUACGCUAUCAGUACAAACACUAACUCACCACAUGGGGGAAGAAUCAUCCAAGCAAUUUCUAUCGAAGCAUGUUCAAGAUUAUUUGUUAGACACACAUCUCGCUAUCUCUAUUAUGGCACACACACAGGGACAGGCGAUGAUGGCCACCGUAAGUGGGAGAUCCAUGGCGUGUCAUUCGACCAGCAAUACCCCUUACCCAAGUGCGAACGGCCUUUGCUACUCGAGAACUUUCACGGUAAUGACAUUGGAUCGACUGUUGCGUUCGAGAUACACGACAACUACUUUUAUGCGCUUUCGAACCAGGGAACUUUCGAAGUCGAAGAGGUGGAUUGGACUUCCUUUUACCACGUUAUUCGCUUCCCUCUGGACCAGCCACUUCCUACUGCUGUAGAAAAGAACGAUCGUUUGUUUCGUCGCCAACACGCGCAAGGUCCGAUACACGACUCCUGGACAGAUCUCACUCUACAGCAUGACGAACGUACAAACCAACUCAUGAUCGUCGAGUCUCGACGCGAGUGGGCUCAAGCAUCCUCUCGACAAUCACGCACUUUCUACACCUCGGAUAUCAAGUUUCCUCCUAAGCCAUCAUCCACCGCAUCGUCUCCUAUCAUUGAGCCUUCUGAUGGACCAAUGCUACCUGAAAACGAUAUAUACGUGGACGUUCUCGGUUCGUCAGAUAACCCAAACUAUGCGCCUACACCAGAACGGCUUAAUUGGAUGGCACACCCUGAGUUCCACGAGGACGUGGUUUCACCACGCUCAUUCAUCCUCGCUCGCACCAAGUUCCGCGCGUACAACCACUCCUGCAGUUCAUUCCUUGAUCUCGUCGAAGACGAUCGGUGUUGCAACGAUCCAUCAGCACCGCCGUGUCUGAGACUGCGGAUUGGAUCACGACGCCCUGCGCCUCCACCAUAUACUACAGCAGGUAAUGGUAUCACGUCGGCUAUUCCUGAAGAGGAUGUCAAGUAUCGCCAUUCACCAAUCCGCAUGUGGCCCCCUCCAGCACGAAAAUGCCCUUGCGCGGCACGAUUGCACCGCAUCCUCAACCCCUCCGUGUCAUCGCAUAGCAGGACCAUCAUUGGUGUGCUGGACGAGCGUAGUCUCGUGUACAUGGUCAAGCCUGGGCGUUCGUAUGGAUCGAGUGAGGAGAGUGCGCAGGGCACCAUUGUGCUUGUUGAUUUUGGUCGGUCGCUGCAAUGCGGAGACAGCGCACAGAAGGGCAACAUGGACGAUGAGAGGUGCUGGCAGUGGACGGUAGGGCUUGAAGGACGGUGUCGGGGUGGGACGUGUCAAUGA